AUAUAUGUAUAUAUAUAUGUAUAUAUAUGGAGAGCAACACUGCUAAUGAAAAGAUAGAGAAUAUUUUUGUGUGAAGCUAAAAAGUGAAAAGAAAAAAAAAAAACAACUUGACUUCAUCAUAAAUCAAGACAUCCUCUCGGUCUUCAUAUGUGUAAUUCUCGCUUGCUUAGUUGUCCUUAAAAACAAUUGACAGAAGCAACGCACAAUAAAAUAUUACGGCAUUUUAAAGAAAAAAAAAGGAAAAAAACAAAAAUGAAGAAAAUAAAAUACACUUUAUAUUAACAAUUAAUGCAAAUUCUUAAAGUAUAAAAAGAAAAAUUGAAAAAGCCGUCGGACACGGCAAGUCGGGGGGAGAGCGGGAACACGUGAAACUCUCUUCCAAUGCAUAUUUUUUAUGCUCAACACUAAUAAACUUCGAGAACAACUAUUAGUUGGUGUUGCUUUGAUUUUUGGGAUUUAGUGCGUGUAUAAAUGUACAAGGACAGCAGCUGCCGUAGCAGUCCUCAGCCGCCGCCUACAACGAAUGUUGCUGAAGUUGCUUCGGACUCAGCUAGCACAGCAUUACCAACAUCGCAUCUCCAAAAUCGGCCACAACAGCAGCAGCAGCAACAAUCGUCUUACCCGCCUUUACAAUUUUCCUACGCAUAUUCACAGGCUACAGUAGAGGACGACGAAGAGAACGGAUUCAGUUGUCCGUCUGAGAGCAGUAGCGAGGCAGAAUACGAGAUCAGAUCACGUAUCUCGACGGCAAGUACUACUUCUACAUCUUCUUCGUCUGUCGCGGCCGCUACGGCGGUUGGAGCCCCUCGCCCGCGCCUACAGCGCCGCUUAACGGGUAGUGUACCGGAUCAUUCGCAUGCUCAUGUGAAUUCCGAUAUACACUUAUUGCGUAAAAUCGGUCACAUUGCAGCACGUGUGCGAUUCUUAUCUAAACUAUAUGGUGACUUCAAGCUUGUAAAUCCCUAUAGCCCUGCUAAACAGAGGCGUUUACUGCAAGAGAUUAUACUUAAACAUUCAAUUAUAGAUCCGGAACGUGAAGGCAACAGAGUAGAAGUGAAACUUCGUUCUGGCACUUCAGGCAACGGUUCGUUGCGUAGCUCGACACCGGCCAGUUCGGUGGCAAGUAGUUAUUGCUGUUUGCCGCAAACAGCGGAGAGUUCGUUUGACGACGACUCCGUAACGAGUACAGUGCGUCGUAAAUCCUCAACCCCCAUAACAGCGACUGGUUCGAUUGUUUUACUUGAAGAUUUGUUAAUACAAUUGUAUGAAGACCGUCGCAAUAAGGUCACCGUGAUACGUAAACGUUAUAGUAGGCGUAACAGUGCCGGAGGGGCGCUGGCUCUAACUAAGAUACCACGCAAUCAUUUAAUCAUAAUGAGCAGUAAAACAGCUAGCAGCAGUGUUGAACGUUUACUACAAUUGGAUAACGAAGAAGACGGUGGCGUUAACGGUGUCAGCGGAAGUCCGAGUACCGAUAAAUUGCCAAAGGUCGGCACAUAUUUAAUUAAUGCAACAGCGUCUAGUCAUCUACAACAGCACGUGCAACAACGCACUAGCAACGCUUUCUUACAACCUAUACCGGGUGAUGAUAAUCUAAGGCGGCGACGAGCUAGCGACUGUUCCACACAUAUAGGACAGACGCUUAGCAAUCAGUUGCAAAUAACAUUGAAAAAUAAUAAUUGCACGAAAUUACCGUUACAUCGGGGUAGUUGUGGCGCAGCCGGUGAGCAUCUAUUGGCUGCUAAUUCUAUAGCCAAUCGGCAAACUUUAAUAUUGAGCAAGUCAUGCAGUAAUGUCGACGCUAGCACUGGACAAAGUAAUGCAGCUUUUUAUGCCAGCAGUGAUUUGCGUACCAUAACGGGAGCAAUAGCCGCAACCGGUAGUUGCGGUGGUUCUUCGAGUAUCGGUACCGCGACGACCUCAGCAGGUAUUGGCGCUGCUACUGGUGGUAAUGGCAUUGGCAAUGCUAAUGGCAACAACGAAUACAGUAUUGUGCAACUCAACAACACAAUCAUACAAUGCCACUUUAAUGAUGACGAUUUUCGUGCUUUGAUCAAGGAUCUUAAGCGAAAGAUCGAAUACACGGAACGCUUGAACUGGUUAUGUCUCUCAAAACGUCCUAUGGGCCCACCACAUCGCAAGAGCAGUCUACCAAAGCAUCAGGAAGUCAAGAAACGUUUCCUGGAAAUUUGCGAUACCACUCUAUCGGAAGAAGUGCGUAAUGCUUUACGUUUGCCUGCCUUUGAUUCGUACGAAUGGAGCGACGCCGACAUCAUACACUUGAUGCAAACCAUGUUCACCGAAUUGGGAUUCAUUGAAAAAUUCAAUAUACCGAUCGAUAUCUUACGCGAAUGGUUAUAUGAGGUCUACAAGCAUUACAAUGAGGUGCCAUUUCACAAUUUCCGGCAUUGUUUUUGUGUAGCGCAAAUGAUGUACGCCAUAACGCGUCAGGCAAAUUUAUUGCAACGUUUAGGUGAUUUGGAAUGUUUAAUACUGUUGGUGUCCUGCAUUUGUCAUGAUCUCGAUCAUCCAGGCUAUAAUAAUAUCUAUCAAAUUAAUGCACGUACCGAAUUGGCACUUAGGUAUAAUGAUAUAUCACCACUGGAGAAUCAUCAUUGCUCGAUUGCAUUUCGUUUAUUGGAACAUCCAGACUGUAAUAUAUUUAAGAAUUUUAAUCGUGAAACAUUUAACCAAAUACGCGAAGGCAUUAUACGUUGCAUUUUAGCCACAGACAUGGCCAGACACAAUGAAAUUUUAACUCAGUUCAAAGAUAUCACAUCAACAUUCGAUUACACCAAUCGAGCGCAUAUAAAUUUGCUUUGCAUGAUUUUAAUUAAAGUCGCAGAUAUCUCAAAUGAAGCACGUCCCAUGGAUGUAGCUGAGCCUUGGCUUGAUCGUUUACUGCAAGAAUUUUUUGCUCAAAGUGCAGCAGAAAAAUCAGAGGGCUUACCGGUUACACCGUUCAUGGAUCCCGACAAGAUUAGUAAGCCCGGUUCGCAAGUUCGCUUCAUUGGCUUGGUGCUGUUGCCUCUAUUUGAAGCUUUAGGCGAUCUGGUGCCCGAAGUUACGGAACUUAUUAUAAUACCAGUACGAAUAGCUUUCGAUUAUUACAAACGUUUAAAUGAUGCUCAAACAAAAUCCCGCAAAUCUAUGGCUGAUACAAGUUCGGCAGGUCCUUCGGGUGAUAACAGCGGUGCUUCGGAUAACAAAGACAACUCUAACAGUUCUGCCACAGUAGGUGGUGGCAUGGCUAAUGGUGCUGACACGACUGCGUCCGCACCGAGUGUUGGCAACUCUGGCGGCAGUAUUUCACCCCAAAUGCCACGCUCACAGUCAGGCAUUAGUGUGAAGUCCCGCCGGAGUAUACCAUCACAAAAGUCAGCAUCACGUACUUCAGUUGAUGAGCCUGGUGGCAUUCCCGCCGAAUUACAUGAUUUGCCCGAAGGCAGUGAAAGUGGUGAUUCGGAAACUGCAACCGAAGUCGAUGUUGCCGAAAAGACUUCAAAAUUUAAAGUCGACACCGAAGGCAGUAGUAAUCGUUCAAAGUCGUCGCAUUCCACGUCACGCAAAUCAUCACGUGAGAAGCGUCCAUCUAUGAUUGGGGAAAUGUGCAGCAGUGGUCAACGCAUACGCAAUUCUUAUGGUAAUAUUCAUGGCUACCAUGCAAAUCGAGGGCAUUUCAGUUCAAAUCGUGCGGUCAGCUUGGAUCAGUAUAGCACAAAUAAUCGUCGUUCAUCGGAUGGCUUGCAGCAGGUCAUAUCUGAUAGUAAUGUCUUUUAUAAUCGUCACAAUCGCAGCAGCUUGGAAGCUUCAACGGUCAUUUGUCGCUUGGCCGAAGAUAUGAACAUGAAUCAGCAAAUAAGUACCGCAAAUGGUAACACUAAUCACACAUUGAGUGAUACAUCUCAGCUAGUGCCAAAUUUGGAAGGUUCUAUUAGCGAUAGUACCACCGGAAGUAAUGUCACCACCGCUGUCAAUAACGUGGCUCAGCCUGCAUCGUUGACACUACAGACUACAAUCACUGCCACAGCCAAUCAGCACAAUAUUAUUAAUAUGUCUACAAUGUCCUCCAAUGGUAAUAUGUCGCCUACGCAAAUAUUACAGCCCAGACAGCAUAUUUGUACAACGGCAACGUCUGUCGCUGCCAAUAACACAUUGAACGGUGUUACGGGUCCACACAGCACUGAAAUAACCGCACCACCGAAAUCGUCGUGGAAAGCACGCCUUAAACAGUUCUCCGAAUAUUUUAGUUUUUCCUUUGACAAGAGUUCCAAACGUUUCGGUAGCACACGCAGUAGCCCUUGCUCGAUGCGUAACAAUAAUACAGCUCAUGCUGCCACCAUAACUGGCCCACGUAGUGGAACGUAUGUAGAUCCACUUACGGGUAAACCUACUGGCAUUUGUUGUACUAUCUCAAAUAACCUGCAGUCGCCCAGUUUAAGGCAAACGCAACUUGUUCAACAUCAACAGGACUUAAUUGCAGCGGCGGCCGCAGGACGUCAUCGUGCCUACAGUUUAGAUGUACCCUGUAAUCGCAGUAAUCCUCGUUAUAGCAGCAGUAGUGGCGGUGGCGGAGACAGCAGCCGCAAAAGCUCUCGCCAUGAUGGUGGUGGUCUGGGCGACGUAAACAACAGUAAUAACACUUUACACAGCAGCAGUGGAACUGGCAGUGAGAUGCCUACUUGCAUGCCUCCGCCUAUCCGAAUAGGCAGUGUCGAUGCUAGUGAUACGAUACUGAUUACUACUGGUGGCCUCUCUAGCGUACUUACGCCAACUAAUUUAGGCGACGCCGCCGAACCUAGUCUUAGUAUUGAUUUGGGCUCUUCAGCGACUGAACCACCAAAAAUUUGACAACGCGGUAGCUCAGAGACGACCACUAACUCUUUGUCGAAUAAUGGCGCCUUGGCCGCCUUGAUGCAGAAGCAUCAAGAGCAUCAGCAAGGUCUGCCGAUGGCAAAACCAAUGACUAAGUCAGCCGGUGUACAGACUUCUAGCUGCAAUAUUUCCUCUUCGAUGUCGAUGACUGUGUGGUCAGCUCUGGGCCAGAGAUUAAGCGCUUUGGUAUGUCACUGUUGUGAGCGGAAAUUGCCAGAGCCGGAAAAUGUGUAGAAUGAUGAUGAAACUAUAUUGACAGUGCAGUUCAAAAAGAAGCAAAUAUUGAUAUUAUUUUCGUUUUAGAUUAUAGCGAAGCUCCCAACUUAAAUGUCACAUAAAGUCAAUAUGUGUGUUUAUUGUUGUGUGUGUUUGUGUGUGUGUGUGUGUUUGUGUGUGUGUGUGUGU